CCAAAAACCCUAAACACCCUCAGUCCUUCAGCUCCGCAUAUAUAUAACCUCAUAUUCUACUUCUAACACUCUCUCUCUCGUUCACUAACAAAUCACAAACUCUGUCUGCAGUCAGCGGGCGAGAGAGCUCUUAGCGUUCUUACCGUAUUCUUCAAGUUUCUUUUUAAAAGUUCAACAUGGGUAAAGAGAAGGUUCACAUCAACAUUGUGGUUAUUGGACAUGUCGACUCUGGAAAGUCGACCACCACUGGUCACUUGAUUUACAAGCUUGGUGGUAUUGACAAGCGUGUCAUUGAAAGGUUCGAGAAGGAGGCUGCUGAGAUGAACAAGAGGUCCUUCAAGUAUGCCUGGGUGCUCGACAAACUCAAGGCUGAGCGUGAGCGUGGUAUCACCAUUGAUAUUGCCUUGUGGAAGUUUGAGACCACCAAGUACUACUGCACUGUCAUUGAUGCACCUGGACACCGUGACUUUAUCAAGAACAUGAUUACUGGUACCUCACAGGCUGACUGUGCCGUCCUCAUUAUUGACUCCACCACUGGUGGUUUUGAAGCUGGUAUUUCCAAGGAUGGUCAGACCCGUGAGCAUGCAUUGCUCGCUUUCACUCUUGGUGUCAAGCAAAUGAUCUGUUGCUGCAACAAGAUGGAUGCUACGACACCGAAGUACUCCAAGGCUAGGUAUGAUGAAAUUGUGAAAGAAGUUUCUUCCUACCUCAAGAAGGUCGGAUACAACCCUGACAAGAUCCCAUUUGUUCCCAUUUCUGGUUUUGAGGGAGACAACAUGAUUGAGAGGUCCACCAACCUGGAUUGGUACAAGGGCCCGACCCUCCUUGAGGCUCUUGACAUGAUUCAGGAGCCAAAGAGGCCCUCAGACAAGCCCCUCCGUCUCCCACUUCAGGAUGUUUACAAGAUUGGUGGUAUUGGUACUGUCCCCGUUGGUCGUGUGGAGACUGGUAUCUUGAAGCCUGGUAUGGUUGUCACCUUCGGCCCAUCUGGCUUGACCACUGAAGUUAAGUCUGUUGAGAUGCACCAUGAAGCAAUGCAGGAGGCUCUUCCUGGUGACAAUGUUGGGUUCAACGUGAAGAAUGUUGCUGUCAAGGAUCUCAAGCGUGGUUAUGUUGCCUCCAACUCAAAGGAUGACCCUGCCAAGGAAGCAGCAAACUUCACCUCCCAGGUCAUCAUCAUGAACCACCCUGGCCAGAUUGGAAAUGGAUAUGCCCCCGUGCUCGACUGUCACACCUCUCACAUUGCUGUUAAAUUUGCUGAGCUUGUGACAAAGAUUGACAGGCGUUCGGGUAAGGAGCUUGAGAAGGAGCCCAAGUUCUUGAAGAAUGGUGAUGCUGGACUUGUUAAGAUGGUUCCCACCAAGCCCAUGGUUGUGGAGACUUUCUCUGAGUAUCCACCUCUUGGUCGUUUUGCCGUCCGUGACAUGCGCCAAACUGUUGCUGUUGGUGUUAUCAAGAACGUUGAGAAGAAAGACCCAUCUGGUGCCAAGGUGACCAAGGCUGCUGCCAAGAAGGGUGCCAAGUGAAGGCAGUUCCCGGUGGAUUGCUUUGUAUCCAUUUUAUUUAAAUGUUUUAGUUUCCAAUUUUGUUUUUUUGGACGAUUUUUGAGUUUUGAUGUUGGAGAAGAGAUGUUUUCGCCGCGAUCUCUAUCCUCCUUGAUGAGGAUAGUGGAGUUGUGAAGCAACUUGGUUUUGGACCUUGUUGCUUGACGGGCAGUGGUGAAAGCUCCUGGAGACCAUCAUUUCUGUUUUAGAGGUUUAGCUGAGAUGUAGACUUCGGUCCUACUUUAAUUUAUACCAUUUGGUUUGGACUUCAAUUC